AUGGCGGACGUCGAAACCCCAGAAGUUGCUCCACAGGAGGAGAACCGUUCGGAUAUCUUGUCUGGCGAUGAGACUCCUGGAAUAACAUCCGAGAUCGAGACAGAGACGGAGAAGGAAAAUGUGCCAAAGGAAGCUGCAAAUGGAGCCAAGAAAGAGAAUGUCCCUCCCAAGCGUGGGCUUGUCAAGCGUCCAGCUGGCUCAACAUCUUCGACUGCGACAAAACCUACAGCUACAUCAGCAACUCGCACAACUGGCGGUCUCUCGAAACCUCCAACUCGUGCUCCAAUUGCGGGUGCUGUGCGAAAGCCUGCAAGCAGUGCGACUGCCGCAACAUCUUCAAGUGCCAGCCAUCGCACACAGGCGUCAAUUGGAGGUUCGGGGGACGAGAAGAAGAAGACGCUUGCUGCUGCUCCUCGCAGAACAUCUCUUGCUCCGGCUCACCACUCUCCAGGAAAGACGGAAACUCUGGCUGAAAAGCGAGCAAACGCAGCAGCUUCCUCAAGUACUGCCAGAAAGCCCGCCACAUCAGUAAGCUCGUCGAGCCCUAAGCCAGUUGCAAAGCCAGCUUUAUCUUCUAGCACAAGUUCCAGAAUCUCUGGAGUUUCAAGCGGUACAGCCAGCAGAUCUGCAGCCUUGUCGAAACCAUCCAGUUCUUCGGCAGUUUCUGAUGCAAAGAAGCGCCUGUCUGCGAUUGCCGGUUCUCCAGUUGCAAAGCCAACCGUCCGAUCAUCUACCCACGCCGCAGCUUCGACCUCUGCGAAGGAAACCGAGGAGCUGAAGGCAAAGCUAGCAGACAGCGAGACUCGUGUCGAGGAGCUGCAAAAGGAGAUUGCUUCUUCGCAGGAAAAGUUGCUUGAGCUUGGGAAGCAAGUCGAGGAGGAGGCCAAGAAUGUUGCGGCUGCCGAGGAAAACAUCAAGACACAGCACAGCGAGAUUGUCGAGAAGUUGCACGCAAAACACAAGGCGGAUGUGGAAGAACUGCAAGCUCAAUUGGAGGAAGCAGAGAAGGUCAGAUCGGCAGCUGAAGAGGCAUCUUCAAAGGCUAUCAAUGAGGCACAACAGGAGGCCGCAGCAAAAGGUGCUUCAGAUACAGCAGAGGCUCUUGAGAAGCUGAAAGCAGAGCAUGCUACCGCAAUUGCUGCACUUAACGCAGAUUUCGACGGUGUUAAGAGUGCUCAUCAAUCUGCGACUUCUACCAAUUCAGAGAAGGAAACCGAAAUCGCCACACUGAAAUCCCAAAUCGCGGAGGCCAAUGCUGCGCUAGCAACAUUGAAGGCAGAGCAUGAACAAACUCUGGCUGAUCUCAAAAAAUCCCUAUCUGAUGAGCACGAAACCGCUCUUGCUGCCCUCAAGUUGGCCCAUUCAGCGGAAAUUGCAAAGGGUUCGACGGAGGUUACUUCUGGCUACGAAAAGCAAAUUGCUGAGCUAACUCAGAAACACGAGGCAACCAUCAGCGAGCUUCAAAUCAAGCUUGAUGAAGCCAGCUCUGCCCACAGGACUUUGGAAGCAAGCCACAAAGAGAAGCUUGAAAGCCAUCAGACCGAAUCUGCAGCUACCGUGUCAAAACUAGAAGCGGAAUUGGCGACAUUGAAGGCUCAAUCUGGAUCAGAAUCGGAGGCUCUGGCGAAGUCACAAAAGGAGGUGGCAGAACUAAGCGCGAAAGUUGAGUCCACGCAAAAGGACUUGAGUCUUGCUCAGGAUGAGCUGGCUGCUGCUUCCAAGGCCCUGGAAGCAUUGAAGUCGAAGAGCUCCGCAGACGAGGAAGCUUUAGCGACUGCCCAGAUUGACUUGGCAACGGCAAAGGAACUGGUUACUUCCCUUCAAAAGAACCUAGAAACGUUCGAUCUCGAUGGAAAAAAUAAGGCAGAAGCAUUCGAAAAAGUGAAGGUUGACCUUGCCUCCACAACUAAGAGUUUAGAUGAGAAGGCAAAGGAGAUUGCUUCACUCAAUGAAAGGCACCGCAAAGAGCUCGAAACGAUCUCGGCUGAUUACCAAGCUGAAAUUGACGCUCUACAAGGGAAUUCAGGGAUCAGAGAAGAGUAUGAGGCACUCAAGGUCAAGCAUGCCGACCUGACCAAGUCUCUCGACGAUAUUUCUGCAGCCCAUGCCAGCGAAAUCGAGUCAUUCACAGCGAAGCAUGCAGAGCUCACCAAGUCCCACUCUGACGCUACCGGUAACCAUGCCAAACAGCUUGAGAAGCUGAAGCAAGAUCAUGCUGCCAUCAUUGUCACUCUUGACAACAAAGAGAAGGAGCACCAGAAGCUAAUUGACGAAUUGAAGUCAUCACAUGCGAAGAAUCUGGAUGAUGCUCAUGACAGAGCUAUUACCGCUGAGCAUGCCUCCCGUUCUGCUGAGCUCGAGCAGAUCCAGGCCAGUCACAAUGAAGCCCUUACCAAAUUGAAGCAGCAGGUCACCGACAUCCACUCAAAUGAGCUAAAGAAACUACAAGCAGCGCACGAGAAAGCCAUGGCCGACUUAUCACAGGAACAUUCAGCAAGUCAGGAAACGGCUUUGUCUAGUACUAUGGCCCUCAAGGAUGCCGAGGCUGCAUUGCAAACCGAAUUGGCCCAAACCAACGACGCCCUUUCGAAAGCCCACGCCGAGUUGGACUCGUUAAAGCAAGAGUUCGCUCUGGAAAAGAUGGCAAAGGCAGAAGCUCAAGCCGAACUUGAUUCUGCAUUGAACAAAAAGCCAGACACAUCCGAAGCUGACGGUCUACGAAAGGAGCUUCAGACCUUGAAAGACCAGCACCAGGCCUCGUUGAUGACAGCACAACAAGAAUCUGCACAAGCUACCGAAGAGCAUCUGGCCACCAAAUCAGCCUUGGCAAAGGUUACUGCCGAGCUGGAGAGACAGAAGGCUGAAAGCACGUCGGACUUUAAAGAUAUGCACGAGUCCCUCACACAACUUGCUGAAGAGGCCAAUAAGAGGAGCACGGAUCUUGAGGCCCGCACCAAGGAACUAGAGGCGCUGCUCAAGGUCAAGGACGCUGAGCUUGCAGAGGCAAAGAUGACGAGUGCAUCUCUCUCAUCGCCGAAGACCCCCACAAGCGGCAAAGCAGCUGGUCUUGCUGCCAGUCGUUAUGCUGAAGAUUCAGACGCUUCAAAACCAGAAGUAAAGACGGAAGCGGAAGAUCGCGAAAGCUAA